GUGUGGGGUGGGGGUUGUGAGUGGGGCCCGGGGAACAACAACAACAACGACGGCGGCAGCAGCAGCGCUCGGCCGGUUGCUCGAGUGACGAGCCGCGUGGCCCCGGCGAGAGUGAAGGAGGAGGAGGAGGGUGACGAGGAGGAAGCACCGAGCGAGGUGCCAGCACAACGCGGCAGUGCGCCAUGGCAAGCCGGUACGGAGAGUGGACGGUUUCCAGCAGUGAUGACGAGGAGCGGACUGUGGAGUCAGCGGUGGCACCAGCGAGCGGCAGGCAGCCAGCCGAGUCCUGGCAAGGUGAGGCAGGAGCAGGAACGCAGGAGCCACAGUAUGACUCGGAUGCGACCUUGGUGGAUGAAACAGAGAUUGCUGCGAACCCAGAGGCUGAGAUCGGAUCCCUUGGUGAAAAGAGUUUAGCGAAUCCGCUUCCCAUCGCGCCCUCCCUGCCGGCGCUAGCAGGCAGCGCAGCCAACAAGCGCAAGAAGCCGUCGUGCGCCGACAACAGCUGGACGGUGUCGGACAGUGAAGACGAGAACGACUUGGGUGGCGUGGAGGCUGCCGUGUCCUCUCUCACGGAGGAUAAGGGCAUCGUCACCACUUCCCAGCACAAGAGGCAGCGACUAGGGUUGGAUAGCGGCGUGGUUCCUGUCGUCGAGAACUCCGUGUGCGGUGAGAAAACUCCCCCUCGUGAGCCGGAGCUGCGGGAGCUGCGGGAGCUGCUGGUGCCGCAGGAGCCGCAGGAGCCGCUGCCGCCGCAGGACGUGAUCGAGGCAUUGGAGCAGGCGGCUCCACUGUAUUUCUUUCUCACCAGAGUGGCUGGGAUUGGGAAGAAGAUGAAUAGUCAUGCACUGCACAUCACUGACAUUUUAUCGCCACUUAUGGGAACACUCAAGAAAUCUGCACAGUUUAACUACUGCUUUGACAUCCCGUGGCUCAUGGAGCAGUACCCAGUGGAGUUCCGGUCCCUGCCGCUGCUGCUGGUGCAUGGCGAGCAGCGUGCAAGCAAAGCGAAGCUCUUCGAAGCUGCCAGUUUCUACCCGAAUGUAACGCUGUGCCAAGCAAAACUGGACAUAAUGUUUGGGACGCAUCAUACAAAGAUGAUGCUACUGCUGUAUGAAGAGGGUAUGCGAGUGGUCAUCCACACAUCCAACCUCUUCUUUCAAGACUGGCAUCAGAAAACCCAGGGCAUCUGGUUAAGCCCGAUGCUUCCUCGGCUGUCAACAAGCGGAGAGUUGCCGGAGAUGCAGGGCGAGUCACCCACGGGCUUUAAGCAGGACCUCAUUGCGUACCUUAAAGCCUACAGCUCUCACUCGGUCACCUGCUGGGCUGAGCAUCUACAGCAACACGAUUUCUCCGAGGUCAGGGUAUACCUGGUUGGCUCGGUCCCAGGCCGCUUUUCAGGCGACAACAAGGAGAACUGGGGUCACCUUCGGCUUCGCAAGCUGCUGCGCGAGAACCUAUCCCCUGUCGAGGAAGGAAAUGAACAGUGGCCUCUCAUUGGCCAGUUCUCCAGCAUUGGAUCCAUGGGGAUAGAUAGCGACCGGUGGCUGCAGACCGAGUUUCAGGACAGCCUUGUGACACUCGGCCAGAGUGGCUCACCAACCUACAGCUUCAAUCGCACACCGCUGAAGCUGAUCUACCCUACUGUGGAUAAUGUGCGGAUGAGCCUGGAGGGUUACCCGGCUGGUGGAUCCCUCCCCUACAGCGUCCAGACAGCAAGCAAGCAGCAGUGGCUGCACUUGUACUUUCACCGCUGGUUGUCUGAGACAUGUGGCCGCACCCAGGCAAUCCCCCACAUCAAGACGUACCUACGCAUCUCACCGGACUACACCAAGCUCGCCUGGAUACUGCUCACCAGUGCCAAUCUGUCAAGGGCAGCAUGGGGGAGCUAUGAAAAAAGGGGCAACCAGCUGAUGGUGCGAUCCUACGAGCUGGGAGUCCUCUAUCUUCCCACUGCAUUUAACCCAAGUGCAAAAUGGUUUCCUGUGGGACGAGGAACAGUCAUGAAAGAUGCUGAGGGGGUUGUUCCUUCCUUCCCGGUGCCCUUUGACCUGCCGCCAGUGCCGUAUGGCAGUAACGACAAACCAUGGAUCUGGAACAUCCCUUACACGCAUGCGCCAGACUCGCACGGCAACGCCUGGGUGCCUUCUUGAACCACGAACCGCUCCCCAUAUUUAGAUGCAAACCCCCCCACCCCCCCCCGGCUGACCCGCCAACCUGGCCCUAUCAGCCACCUCACAGAUCUUGCCAGUGCUGUACCUCUUUAUAUUUCAUGGGUUAGUUAUCAGUGGGUGCAGCGUCACUAGAAGUUAGUCUGCCCACCCAGAAUAAACAAACUAGCCAACUACCCACCGCGUAUCUGGUUAGAUUGCGUAAUUGGUAGUAGCCAUAGUAUGGUAUUUCAUGUGAAGCCAAGUGUGAAUUUCAUGUUUUUAAGUGUCGUGUGGAUGGAAACACGUGUGACGAGGACCAAUGGGAAUUAGUUUUUUGGCCAGCUCCCAUGUUGGAAUCACAAGGAGAGUGCUGGCUGGCUUCUCUGCUGGGCCUACAUCUUGCGUCUCGUUCAUGAACCAGAAGAUCCAGGCUAGUGUGAGGUCUUGAAUUGCAGUGUUCCUGACUGUGUUACGCCUUGUAUUUGUAGCCUUUUGUACUCUCAUAUGUUCGUAUAUUUUUUAUAACAUUCUGUAGUGGACAAAAGUAGUAAUAAAGGCUGUGUGCAGUCUCUGCGGAACCCACAGUUGGUUCACCGUGAACAAUUAAGAACUGUCUGUGAUAUUCACCCGAAUAACAGCCUCGCUGAGUCUCGCUGAAAUGUUUGCACUCUGCACUGCGAAUAGUGAGUGGUGAGGGACCAAGAUCUGUCGGGGUGGUGGAGACCUGGGACCAGUUCUAGAAAACUUGAAUCCUAAUCCUUCAAUGGAAUUUCCCUUUGCAGAUAUGGCCAGUGCCAGGUGUCUUUUUCAAGGGAGACCUGGAUUUGAGUACAGUACAACCUGGAUUUCAGUGCAGUACAUCCAAAGGGGCAGAGCCAGUCAGGAGCGCCCGGGUCCGGUGGUGGGAAGAAGGAUGACAAGG